AUGGCCGAUACUACGCAACCACGAAAUUGCACAUCGAGCUCCAGGAUAGGAAUGACAAUCCGCCGGUCAUCAACGGACCACAGCAUGUCCAGCUACAUGAAAAUGCAUGGCUCGGCAAAGAGGUUGCCAAAUUCACGGUUCAGGAUGCGGACGCAAAUGAUACCGCAGUGUGAGUCUACUAGUAUCAGUGUUAUAACCAAUUCUGUUCCGCUGCGGAAUUUUCAGCAAGAACACAUUCGCUCAUCUGUGGGUCAUAUGAGUGAUCAUAACAUUAAAAUUGUCUCGAGAAAUUCAAAAAAUUCUACACUUUGGAGGCUUCUUCUGAUUGCUUUGUGUACAUCAGUAGUAGUAGAAGGCCAAGAGUUAUCACAGUUCUUCCUCGGUUCCUAUCCUAGCCAAUCACGAUUCCUGAAUUUUGCCGGUAAAACUCAGCGUGAUAUUGUGGUAAGACUGACCAAGAAUUUAACGGAAGAUAUAGCUGUAGGCACACUGAUUGCAACAUUUCGUGCCGAAGAUAAGGAUUCAAUGACACAUAAUUUAACGUAA